GACGGCUCAAGUUAAUUUGAUUUAUGAUAACAUCGAUUAUGUAUUUAUUAGGGGUAGCAGACUUGUUUUAACUGUUUCAUAAUUUUAUUCUUAACAUAUAAAAAUAAAAAUGAGGUAAAACGAUGAGUUCACCUUCUGCUGUUGUAUGCCGUGAAGUUUUUGAUGAAAACAGUCAGCCAUCAGUCGAGGAAAUCUGCGAGUAUGCCCAGCAGUUGGGAAUUGAUCCUGAGAGCGAAAGCCACCUUUUACCACUUGCGCGCGAUGGACUUAUGCAAGCACUGCCCCAUCAGUGGAAAGCAUAUUAUGAUGAAAAACUCCAAACUCAUUACUACUAUAACGAAGAGACAAAGAACACUCAAUGGGAGCAUCCUCUGGACAACUUGUACCGGGAACUUGUGAAGAAAGCACGAGAUGCUUCUAUGCAGGAUGAUACAUGUGCUUCAGUUCAGGAACUUCCUACAUCAGAGGAGAACACCAACCAAAGAAACCUCGAGCGACAUGAAACCAAAGUAGAAAGUGAUGAAGAACUAAGUACAGACAGCGAAAACCAGCCAGAAGUCAAGGAAAAUACAAUACAUAAUAAACGACUCACACCUUUAGGUCGGCCACCACUGUCACCACUUACCAAACUAGAUAAGAAACUUGGAGAUAUACAUAUAUCUCCACUGCGGAGAAGCAUAGAAGCAGUACCAAAGUCAAAAUUAGUCCAUCAUACUUCUGACAAAGAUGUGUUUGAUAGGAUGCCAUUUGAGAAACAUAAAAUAAUGUUCAAACAACAUUCUGAGAAUAUAGAUCUUAAGAUGAACGUACAAAGUCCAGAGGAGGAGAAUGUCAAGCUGUUGUUUGGAAGUAAGACUGAUAAGGGAUUGCCAUUGACUGGUAAAGGCAAUAUGUUUUUAAAGCUAUCGAAAUCUGAUCUACCAAGUCCAGAGACUGAGAAGUCUCUACCAUUAGACUCAGUCACAAAGAGCGAUCCACCCAAAGGUAUCCUCAGGGAAUCCAUCUCCGAUAUUAUUAACCGGAGACCUGAUAAUGUGGGUAGACAGACUGCUAGUUUUGACGAAGACAAGAAGUGUGUCCGGUUCCAGCUGGAGGACGCGGCGGAGUCGGCGGCCAGCCCGGGCUCCAACAGCUCCUCGGAACAGAACGAGCCGCAGAGCUCCGUGGUGUCCGCCCGCCCUCCCCUGCCGCCCAGACCAGCCAAGCCUUCGUCGGACAAGGACUCUACUGCAGGUUCAGCGACAGCGACGGCGGGGUCGGAGGUCGCAUCCGGGCCGGGCCGCCGAGUAGUCCGGCCGCCGCCCACCGACUACAUCCGGCCCCAGCUCUUCCAGAAGCACUUUCGCAAGAUAGCGGACAUACUGGCCGACCCCGCGCCCGACCCCGCCCCCGACCUCGCCCCCGACGGAUCCAGGCCCAGGUCGCCGAUGGUGCCGCUCACUAACAAGAUAUCGAUAAAUCUAAUGGAAAGCAUCGAAUCUGAAACCUCGAUAGACUCACCAGACAGAGAGUUCGUCAACUUGGACCUCAACGACCUCAACGACGCGAACGAGCUGAACGACCUCGACGACUCAAACGAACAGAAAGACCGAAGCGUCUCGAAGGACGAUAGCGACCGCGACUCGGGAAUGUUGAGGUCUCCUCCCGCGGAGCGCGCCGGGCGCGGACUACCCGCUUGCUCAGACGAGCUCCGGGACACUUCUGAGCCCGACCGCUACCAGCCAUCAAAUGAAGGUUUAGCUAAAAAUAAAUCAAGCUCAGAAACAUCCGCCGCGCCCCCCGCUCCCCCCGUUCCCAGCCCCGCCCCGAACUCCGCCCGAGACAUCAAACCCCUCAAGUAUGAUUUUGCAAAACCUUGGACCCCCUUAUCAAGUUUCCAACCGCAGAAAGCUGUGAUAGCUCCCCAAGUUAAGACCUCGGAGUCCUCGUCUAGCCUAAAAGUUGCCAGUCCGAGGCUGGAUGGAGUCAUCUUGUCUAAUGGGAAUACCAGAUCCGACAACGUAGUGGUCGUGUACCAGUUCGAAACGCAACAGAACUCUUUGUCGAAACCGCUCAGGUCGCCACUGAUACCCGACAUGGGAACUAGAGACUUUAUAGAGCGGCACAAGAGCGACGAGAGAAGGAGAUUAGAGUUGGCCUUACAGAAAGAGUUGGAGAGUAUAAGAGUGGAGUGGUCGUUGAGGGAGAAAAAGCUGAGAGCCGAGCUAAAUGAGGAACUGAGAGAGUCUGAAGAGAGGUUUGUUGCGGAGAAGAGGGUCAGGCUGAACGAACAGGCGGAGAGACAUCGAAGGGAGCUGGAAGAGACGCUCGCGUCCAACGAGCGGCAGCACCGCGCCGCGCUGGAGGCGGCCCGCGCGCAGCUGGAGGCGCGGCGCACAGCGGACGUCGACGCGGCGGAGAACGAGCACGCCAGGGACAUGGAGAGGCUCAAGGAGACCUACCGGGACAAGCGCGACCAGCUCCGUCGGAUGUUGGAAGCGGAGCACGAACAGUGCCUGGAGGAGGUCCGGGAUCAGUUCGCGUCGCAAGUAGAGCGGGAGCGGGCGCGGCUCCGGAACGAGCAGCGCAGCGCCGUGCUGUGUGCGCGGGAGCAGCACCGCGCCGCGCUGGACGCGCUGCGACAGGACUACCGGGCGCAGGUGGAGCGCGUGCGCGGCGAGCACCGCUGCCUGGCGGAGGAGGCUCGGCGGCGGCUGGCGGCGCAGCGGCAGCCCGCGCCCGACAAGUACCGCGCGCUCAAGGACAAGUACACCAGGCUCAAGCACGACGUCAAGAUGUCGAUAGAGCGGCGCAACAAGCGGCGCGAGGCCAGCGCCACCACGGGCUCCGAGACCGACCCGUCCGCCUCGCACCGCACCGCGCGCUCCGCCGACAGAAGCAGAGGCGGCCGCCCCCGGACGGACGACGAGCCGGGGAACCGCAACAGCACCUCGGCGUCCGACGGCCCCGCGCCCCGCAGCGCCGCCGUCCCGGGCCCCAGACCCCGACGGACCCGCAGGACUCGUCCGACGCGGGCUCGGCGGGCGGGCGCGCCCCCUCCGGGCGCGGCCGCAGGAGGAGCUUCGCGAGGCUCAAGUCGGCUUCCACCUCGCGCCUGCACUGCUCGCCGCGGUGGGCGGGCCCGCUGGAGAGCGUGCGCCAGCAGCUGCGCGCCCUGGACGCGCUGGACGCGCUGGGCUCCCCGGACCAGCCGGCCUACGCGCUGCCCUACCCGUUCCGCGCGGGGGAGGCGGCGCGGCCCGAGCUGGAGUUCGUGCGGCACCGCGCGCUGGUGGAGCGCGAGGGCGUGCGGCGCGCGCGCGGCGUGCUACGGGCUCGCCGGGCCGCGCUGCUGCAGGAGGGGCGCGAGGGUCGGGAGGAGGAGGAGCGCACGGAGCUGGAGGUGUCGCUGCACCGCGCGCGCGCCGUGCUGGGCGAGAAGGAGAUCCGGCUGCGGCACAUCGAGCGCACGCUCGCCGCCCUCGCCGCGCCCCCCGCCGCGCCCCCCGCCGGCACCCCCCUGCAGAACGGAACGACUACAUACGGCUGCAGCGCGCGGGACGACAGUGCCAGCGACGCGUCCUCGCCCUUCGAUGACGUCACGCCGCCCGGUGACGUCACGCCGCCCGCCGGCCCCCCGGGGAGCAGCUCGUGCCGCGCCGCGCCGGCCCCCCGCGCGCGCUCGCCCGAGGGCGCGUCCCCCCGCGCGCGUCGCCUGCGCGCCUGGCUCCACUCCCCGCCCUGAGCGCCCGCCACGUGCACCACACUCUAUAUACAAUAUAUCCUGGAUAAGUAUAAGUCUGCGUGAACGCUCAACGUUUCUUAAAAUGUCAUAUUUUGGCCUAAAACUCAACUAACAUUCCCACGGUAGGAUCAUAUCACAAUUUAGGAUAAGUUGGAGAGCAGCGGGGAGCGCCCGCACCGUGACGUCACUGCCGGUGCGACCACCCAGUCUAGUCUAGAUCUAGUCCAACGGUCUAUUGAUGUUUAAACUAUGAAUUAGUAGCUAAUAAAUUUAAUUUUUAUUUGUAAGUCUUUAAUAAUAAUUACGUAAAGGAAAUAUUUUAAUGAGUAUAUAAUCAGAUUGAACCCGUGUGCCACGAAAUGAUUCUGUGUCUGGCGAGCCGGCGGACGAGCCCGGGGGCCGCUGCCGAGGGCGCGCUGGUUACUCAUAGCUAUUCAAUAAUCGAAGGUAGUCUUAUUUAAAGCGCACAAAUUGUAUGAAGAUGUACGGGUCCGUCGAGCACGUUUGCGUUUAAGGUUUAAAUAUAAGAUGCGUUCAGUAUGCCCCUCGGGAAUAGCACUGUGAUAUUAUGUUAGUUAUCUACUUCUAUUCGUACUUAUCUGUAUGUUGUAUUAGUUUAGGAUCUGCCCUUGUGGUAACGUUAUGUGUCCGCCAUUCCGUAACAGCAUACUGAUGUUGGAAUGUACACGUUUUCUGUGCUUAUUCCGUCUAGUCAAAAUAAUAAAUUACUCCAUUUUACAUUGUGAUGUUAUUUUCCCGCGCGUGUGAAGUUUUGUUGUAUAAUCGAGAGACCCGCCGUAGGUCAAAGAUCCCACCGCUAGUUUGUCUCCGCACCGCGUAUUCCAUAGUGGACAAUCACUUUUUAUUUUUAUUUAUUUUUUGACUGGAGAAACAUUUCAAAGAAUGUUUGCUAAUCACAACUAAAUUCUAAUAAAAAUCGUUAAUUAUCAAAAAUUUAAUCAAACAUUUUAACCUCUAUUUGUCCUGAAUUGAUGUCAUCAUUGAGUUCAUUUAAACAGAUAGUUUAGUCUAUAUCUGUGUAUACUCUGUGCUCCAGUCAAAUGUCAAUUUUGUUAAGGACUUUUUGGCGGGAACGCGAGGAGUGAAGUGUGAUUUGUUUUAUUUUAUCUAUUUAGUGUUUCUUCGGGUUUAAAUGUGUAAUAAUGGUGGUU